AUGCACAUAAACUCAGAAUUGCUAACAGAGAGACCUUUAAUUCCCUAAAUCAAGAAAUCUGAUUCUCUCAGAAGUCAAAGCUAAUUUAAGUCUUGUCCAGCAUAUUUCAAAACACUAUAACUCCAAAAAAUAUAAAGCAUCAAGUAGAAUUAGGAAAUAAUACAAUCGUCCAAGGUAAAUCCAUUAAAUGUAUUUGUAAAAAUCGUCAGAUUCAUAACAAUCAUCACUCAAUCAAUCUUCCCAUAGGACUUUAAAUAUCUAGAUGCCAAUAUGUUUCGCAUCAUUAAUGACAAGGCUUCCGAUUUUAAGUUUUAUGUGAAGAAUGACUACUUUAAAUACAUAGUAAUUCCUAUUUAAUCUUAGAAAGCAGCCCCGGAUUCCAGACUUUAACAUUUGAUAUAAAAAACAAUAUUCAAGCAAUACAGUUUACAAAACUUAAUCGAUUAUUUGUCUAAUAGUAGAUUUUUAUUCAAACCAGAAUAAAAGUUAAUUUUAAUCUGGAAUAUUUAUUUACUGUUUAUGACCAAUUUCAAUUUUUUAUAUUGCACAAUAAAGUUUGCAUUCGAUUUUGAAAAUUAGAGACCUGACAAUUAUAAGGAAAGUGAGGUUUUCUUUUUGAUUAUUCCUUUUCUUAGUUAUCUUAUAGACAUAUUGGUUAAAUUAAAUAGUGGCUAUUAUGAGGCUGGUUAUUUGGUUACUGAUAGGAAUAAAAUAUUAAAGCAUCUUUACUUUUCUAAAGACACCCUAAUAGACAUAUUCCUAAUAAUAAUAUCCUUGGCAUACUUCUUUAAUUAAAAAAGCAAUAGCACCUUAUAAUUGUUCAUGGUAGUCAAAAUAGUUGAUGUUCCAAAGAGAGUUGGAUUAAUAUUAGAUAAAUUGGAAUUGACAACAAAUCAUUGGGCAAUCUAUGAUUUAAUUAGACUAUUGUACUUAAUUGUGUUAGAGGCUCAUACAUUUUGUUGUUUUUUGUAUUUUGUUGGGUAGUAAAAUAAGAACAUCUCAUGGAUAAUUAAAGAGAAUCUUGAAAAUGCUGAUCUUAUUACUAGUUAUGUAAAAUUGCUGAUAUUUCAAGAUUUCAUCAUUUUACUGGAGUGUUAUUACUAUGACAACAAUAGGCUAUGGUGAUUUUGCACCAACGAAUUUGAAUGAGAGAGUCCUAGUAAUCUUCGUAGCAAUCACAUCAUGUUGUACCUUUGGGUUCUUUGUAUCAUCUGUUGGAUAAAUCAUAAAUUCUAUAUAGAAAAAAGAAUAGAAGAUUAGGUUGGAUUUGAACGAUCUAAAAAAGUAUUUAAGGAUUAGAGGAUUUAAUUAGCAAUUACAAAUCAAAGUAAGAAGAUAUUUUGAGUAUUUAUGGAAAGAUUGCAUGGGUUAAGAUUAAAUUGACAUGGUAAAAUUAUAGUAAUAGUUGCCAAGCAAUUUAUUUAAUGUAAGAAUCAUUUUUCAUCAUUUUUAAGGAGAUGCUUUUAGAUUUGAAUAUGAAAAGCAUAUCAAAGAUUCCAUUCUUUCAUGAAAAUUUUAGUGCUGAUUUUCUAUAAUCAUUAGCUGGAGACUUUGAAGAAGAGCGUUUAACACCUUGGUAAAGUAUCUUUACAAAAGGUGAGUAAAGUCAAUAUUUAUAUAUUUUAUGCGAAGGAGAAGUUGAAUAUUAUGUUUAAUUGCCGGAGGGAUCAUCAAAUUCAAUUUCUAUAUAGAAAAUUGAUGGCUAAGAUGAAAUAUUUGGAUAAUAAGAUUUCUUACUGGAUUAACAUCACUCAAUAAAUUGUAGAACAACGAAGGUUACCAGGAUUCUAAAGAUCAGUAGAGAGAAUUUCCAUUAGAUCGCCAAAAAGUAUGGAUAUGUAUCUUUUUUGUAUAUGCAAGGAAAAAUAUUGUUAAUUGAGGGAUUUGGUUAAAUUUUCUGGCAGAUUUGAUGAAUUUCACAUCUAAUGCAUUGGAUGUAGUAAAUCAACGCAUCUUUUAUAUAAUUGUCCUAUGCUUAGCGGUUUUCCAAGCAGGACAAAAACGUUGAUUAAACAUAAAAAAAGGUUUUGUUAAGAAAGAAGAUUAAUACAAAGAAAUAAUAAUUAUAAGCGUAUAUCAACAUUGAGUUUUGAGAGUAAAAUUGCUGAUAGCGUAUUAUUCUUUCUCUUAAGAGACCCCAAAAUGUAUGAGCAAUUAAGUACUUAAAUUAAUCGAACAACUCCUAUAAAUUAAAAUGGGGUUCGACCCAAAUCUAAAAAAAAGUUAUCAAUUCAACCAAAAAGAGGAGUGCCCAUUUUUUUAAGUUAAGAAUUCUCGAGAUCACUUGAGGCAAAUUAUGAGAGAAGUUUAGGUAUCUAAUUUAGUAAAGAGCAAUAAAGUCAGAUUAAGAGAAUUACCAAUUUUGAUUAAGAAUUAACCAAAGAAGAUAGCUUCAAAAUAUCUAAAGGAUUAAAUAAAUAAUUUAUUACUAAGAGUACUUAAAGUAUGACUAGGCUAAAAAGUUAAGAUGCAAUUGAGGAGAAUGAGGAUGAAGUAGAAACUCUUGAGGUUAAUCCUAUUUGGAUUGAGCGAUAAAGUAUAUGUACGUUUGAUAAUCUAAGAUUAAAAUGAAAAUAUGGGAAGAUACAAGGACAUUUUUGAAGGUUUCGAUUUACAGAGGGAUUAUGAUUCAUACAUGCCUCACAUGAAUUUUAGGGAAAUACAGAAUCAUUUUCAAAGGAAUAAUGAUUAAGAUAGUUUUCACGAUUUCAUAGAUGCCAAUAUAGUCAGAAGAAAAUGGAAAAAAUCAAAAAUUGUUAUUGUCUUAGAAUCUUGA